GCGGCCGGUCCUACAUCAAAAUUGAUUUAAACCUUUUUAACAAAGUUCUAAUUUAGACUGUUUAAUUUUAAAUUGACCGCCAUUUCUAAAAAAACAAACCGGCAUUUUUACCUCCCUCCUCGAAAUGGUAUUCUAACCUUAAAACCCGGAAAGUGAACUGUCAUCCAUCGACGAACAUUCAAUCUACGUUUUAACAAUUUUAACCAUGGCAGACGAAUCAAACAGUGUCUUCGGUUUCGAAUUGUUAAACAAACUCGUUGAAAAUCAGCUGCAAAAGAAAGAGGACAUUAUUAUACUCUUUGUGCAUUGGUACUUCGUUAAAAAUGGUUUCAAAUGUAUUGGGACUGGUGACUCAAAAACUUUUGAACCGAGUGAACAGGGUUCAGAGUCGUUACCAGAUGAAUGGAAUCAACGUCCGAAUUAUGCUCUCCGUUACGUUAAAGAAGGAAAACUGUAUAUUUUACUUGGAACAAAAUCUGAUGCAGAUUUACUCUUGAAUCUCCUGAGAGUAGAGGAUCAUAGCGUGUCCAAUGUUCAAUUUCCAAUUGGCACAACUGUGAGCGAAAUCAAGGGACCUUUGACUACUCUGAUGCCAGAUUAUCAGAACGUUUUAAAUGUCAUACGUAAAGAUCUUGUCGAACCAGUAUAUACUGAUACUGCAAGAGAAACAUCUACGCAAACACCACAACCAAACGUUAAUACAGAAAGAGAGAUUCCAAGACAAGUUCCAGGGCCUGACUUUGACCCUCUAAGGGUAGGGCAACCGCAUCGGCCAGCACCAAACAUUCCCACUCGGAACCCUGAAGCCGAUCCGUUUGAUUAUGGGAGAUCCGAUCUGGAUCCAUUCAAUAUCCGUAGACCCGGAGUGGACCCCCUUGCUCCAGGUGGUGGAAUGAUCUUUAAUCCAUUUCAACAAAACCAACGUAACCGAUUCAGACCUGGUGAACCCGGUGGCUUAGGAGUUCCUGGCAGAUUACCUCCAGGAGCUGUACCACCAGGUGCUAGGUUCGACCCCUUCGGUCCCCCAGACAUAGAGCGUAGACAACCUCCGCCAAAUCCGUACAACCCAGACAACGAUCAUAUGCCUCCCCCAGGCUACGACGACAUGUUUAUGUAAACUCAAGAGAAAAGGCUUUACUUUCAUACACUUAAAUAACGAUUUUCCAUUACUGUUCGCUACGUUUAUCAGAUACUCAAAAGAAAUGUUAAAUUAAAAACCAAGCGACGUGGAGGCUCGAAUGAAAUUCCCGGCUUCUUCACAAAACGA